AUGUCCAAUGGAAGCGCAAGCUCUAAGAAGGCCCAUCCCACCUUUCACUUCCUCGCCGGUCUGACCUCUGGUCUCUCCAGUGCGGUUCUACUCCAGCCGGCCGACCUUCUCAAGACUCGAGUGCAACAGAGCCGGUCUUCCUCCCUCGUUCCUGUCUUGCGAUCCAUUCUAUCUGGUCCUCACCCCAUCGCGAGCCUAUGGCGAGGUACCCUACCUUCCGCUUUGCGGACUGGAUUUGGUUCUGCUCUCUAUUUCACAACCCUCAGCUCCCUGCGACAGGUAGUGGCAAAUGAAACAGCACAAAGAAACCUCAGCAGUGGAAUGCUUGCACCUUCGGCCAGGAGCAGUUCUGUUUUGCCGAAGUUGUCCAAUAUUCAGAAUCUGUUCACAGGGGCUACAGCUCGAGUGUUUGCAGGUUUUGUGUUGAUGCCUGUAACGGUAAUCAAGGUCCGAUAUGAGUCCGAUUUUUACGCAUAUAAAUCAAUCAGCUCUGCCGCAAGGUCUAUUUUCGCACAGGAGGGUCUGAGGGGAUUCUUCACCGGCUUCGGUGCGACUGCCGUACGGGAUGCUCCGUAUGCUGGAUUGUAUGUGCUGUUCUACGAAGCCACCAAAGUUCGCCUCAACAGGCUGGCAUCUACUGAGGCCGACCAGUCGACAAGGUCUUCAGGGUCUAGUGCCACGAUCAAUGCUUCGAGUGGCGUCCUCGCUGCGGGACUAGCCACUGGUGUGACAAAUCCGUUCGAUGCCGUGAAAACUCGCUUGCAACUCAUGCCUCAAAAGUACGGGAACAUGCUCAAGGCCACGAGAUUGAUGAUCAAGGAAGAUGGGUUAAAAAGUUUCUUCGAUGGCCUGGGGCUCCGAAUGGGAAGAAAGGCUUUGAGCUCCGCGCUCGCAUGGACCGUCUACGAGGAGCUGAUAGGAAGGGCCGAACGUAUUGUAGCACGUCAUGAUCAGGAUAAGACCAUCAUUUAA